AUGUCGACCAUCGCCGACUACCAAGUCGAAGACGGCUUCAUAUCCUCUGCAUCUGGUCCAGCGCUCAAGACCGACGCUUUGAUCGUGGACGUGCUGGACGAAAAUGCCAGUGACACGUCCACGACCUCACGAGUUCUCACGCCGCUGCACAAGCUACGUGCCGGCCGCGCGGAGUUCAACAGUCGCUUGUUCACACGCUCUAACCGCUUCUGCUCCGGUGCGGACGCCGUGCUCCACGUCGCCAGCCACGUCAGUGCCAACGUCUUCGAGUACCCGCUCUUGGCGACCACCGAUAGCGUCCAGACGCAGGGGAUCAAACGCAACGCCCGGGCGCGCGUCGUGACGCUCGAGAUCCAAUCAGGAGCUGCCGACGCCGUGCGAGGCGCGUUGUCCGUUGGCGCAUCAGUUGCGGCUCUGAUUCCGUCACAGACGCUGCCGCUGUUCCUGCCCAGCCUCUUCCAGCUAGCGCAAAACGCAGCGGCGUCGGCGCCCGCCGUGGUCCACGUGGCGUGUGAGUCUAUCCGCCGUGACAUGGCCGUCGCCAGCUCGUACGAGUCGCUGUACGCACUGCAGCACUCGGGCGCGUUGCUGUUGAACUCGGCAUCUCCUCAGGAAUGCCAUGACUUAGCAAUUGUGGCGCAUGUGGUUGCGCAGCGGCUGCACAAGCUGCUUGUGCAUUUCUACGAUGGAGUGCGGGUGGCACACGAGCUGACAAAGGUGGGGACGCUGACGGAGCAUUCGCUAGAGACGCUCGCGACGUGGCAUUCGAUUACACCGCAGACUGGAGACGUGGUGGAGCAGGUGCAGAGCGUCAUGGACGAACUGUUCUACGUCCUGCAGCGACAGUACCAAGUGUACGAGUACUUUGGCAAGGAGGACGCCGAGUAUGUCGUGGUAGUGGUGGGUGAGGCCGCUAGUGCGUUGAAGCAGGCAGUGGCAUACGAGCAGAUGUUGGGCGCGAAAGUCGGUGUGGUGCAGGUCCGUCUGCUACUGCCGUGGUCACACAAGCUGUUCGCACAGGCACUUCCGACGACGGUCAAGCGUGUGGUAGCAUUGGAAAACGUGGCGCCGAGUGCGCUGACGUUCCAACGUGGUCUACUGACUCAGAAUUUGCAGGUGUUUUUCCAAUCGCCGCACUGGCAGCCGACGGUGGAGACUGCCCCCGUUGUGAUGACGGGUGUGUAUGGCGGUGUGUUCCGCAACUCGACUUUCUCGGCGGGUAUGGGGCGCGCUGUGCUGCGUCACUUGGCCACGGCUUCGUCUCGCCGAGCUUUCGUGGUGGCGAAGAACGAGAAGUUAUAUGAUGCUGCUUUGGUCAAUGCUUCGUUGGAGAGCAGUCAGGCCACUAAGUUUGACGUGGUGUUUGGUGGAGCGCUCGAGCUUGAGGGAUCGGCUACCUACACGAAGCAGUACUUGUUCUACGGGUUUGAUGACGUGGAAGAUGAUGCCGCUCGUGCUGGUACCGAGACCGACAAACUGUUCCAAUCGACGCUGGACUUGUUGAACAAGAACCCUGCCACGCGUGUGAACGCAGUAGUGACCCACAGCGCCGGCGAGGAGGCGACUGUGCGCCCGGUGUCCACGCUCGAGGUUUGGGUGAAUCUGGAUGGUGGCAUUCCUACUGCAGCAUCGGCUCCUAUUGAGCAGGCAGAUGUGGUCGUGGUCAUGCGCCCCGAACUGCUGUCCCACUACGACGUUGCUCGCAGUGUGAAGCAGGGCGGCAAACUGCUGAUGCUUGCGGGAUGGAAGACGGCCGACGAUGUUGACGAGCGAGCAGCGUUCAAGCAGCAGGUGGCGUCUCGCGACAUUCAGGUUCUAGUGGUGGACGUGAACGAGUUGUCCACUCGAGUGGAGGACGACGUUGUUGCUUCGGUGGGUCUGCAAGCUGCCUUCUUCAAGGCAUCGGGUCUGUACGAUGAGAACGUAGUGUUGGCGUUGUUGGAAGCUCAGGUGCCUGCGGAAAAGCACGCGACGCUGCGUGCGUUCGUGUCAGCCGUGUGGGGCGACGUAUUAACGCUUACGUAUCCGUCGAACGAGUGGCUGACUGCAACGGAUGUCGAUGAAGAGACUGCAGCGCAACGACUGACGACAUUGUCAAGCGUAGCGGUAAGCAAGGUUCCCUUCGCUAGCAGCGCCAAAUCGGCGAUGUCUGCCUUCAAGGUCAAUGGCAAGCGCCGCUCGUACGCAAAAGUGUCGCGCGAAACGAAGACAGCAUGGCACCUGAUGUUCCCGAGCGCGUUCGAGGCUCGCCGCGGAGUGCGCGACCACGUGACAGACAUGGUGACCGUGACGAAGUGGGAGCGUCUGACGCCUGAGGACUACUCGCGUAAUGUGUUUCACAUUGAGAUGGACACGACAAACACGGCGAUCAAGUACCGCAUUGGUGAGGCUUUGGCUGUGUUUGCUCACAACGACGAGAAAGCUGUUGUAAAAUUCUUGCAGACGUUCAACGUAGAUCCGGAGGCGUUGAUUGCGUUGCCUGUGGCUUCCAAGCAGAAGAAGGGCGAGGCUUCGACAGGCCGUAGCGAGGAGAUAUUGACGUACUUUCAGCUCUUCUCGCACGUGUUGGACAUCUUCGGCCGGCCAUCGAAGAAAUUUUACCAGGCUCUGCUGGAGCGAGCUACGGAUGAGAAGGAGAAGACUACACUGACGGCUCUACUUGAUGCGGAUGGCAAGGACGAGUACAAACGUCGUGUGGACGAGACAGUGACGUUCGCGGAGCUGCUGGAGGAGUUCUCCUCGGCGCGUCCGACGCUAGCUGACUUGCUGAUGCUGGUGCCGCGUAUCAAGCCCCGCCACUACUCGAUCGCGUCGAGCAUGAAGAUGAAUUCGACUAGCGUGCACUUGCUGGUCGUGGUUCACGACUGGACUACCCCAAGCGGCGCAUACCGCAUCGGGCAGGCCACGCGUUUUUUGUCAAGUAUCAAGGUGGGCCAGAAGUUGUCAGUGUCUGUUUGCUCAUCGGUGAUGAAGCUGCCUACCAACCCAGAGGAUCCUAUCGUGAUGGCGGGAUUGGGAACGGGUAUGGCCCCGUUCCGCGCCUUCAUUCAGGAGCGUGCGUUCCUACGUUCACAAGGCGUCAAAGUGGGUCCAGUGGCGCUUUACUUCGGCAGUCGCCACAAGGCCAAGGAGUAUCUGUACGGCGACGAGCUGGACGCUUACGAGGCUGAUGGCCUGGUGACGUAUCUGCGCUGCGCGUUCUCGCGUGACCAGGACCACAAGGUGUAUAUUCAAGAUAAGAUUGCCGAGGACAAGGAGAUCUUGGCCGACUUGCUGCUACGCCAUAAUGGUCACUUUUACUUGUGCGGUCCGACGUGGCCCGUGGCUGAUGUGCGCGAGGCGCUGGUGAGCUCCUUUAUGCAGGUUGGCGGAUUGGACCGUCGUCAGGCAAAUGCGACCAUUGAGCGUAUGCGCGAAGAAGGCCGCUAUGUACUGGAGGUCUACUAA